CUGGCUCCCUUUGGAUCCCACCUUUCCCGGAAUUCCGGCUCCCUUUGGAUCCCCACCUUUCCCCGCCGUUGGCGGCUCCCGAAAUCCCGGAGUUUUCCAGGCUCGGGAGGCGGCUCCUGACGGAGUUUUCCUCCCUUUUCCAGGGAAUUGCGGCACCAUGGACAUCGAGGAUUGCAACGCCCGCUCCUACAUCACCGGAAUCUGCUCUUCCUGGAAGGUGAGCGGCUGCGUGCGCCCCGCCAGCACCGCCCUGCGCCCUCCCGGGAUCCCGCGCUGCUUCCCGGGAAUCGGCAUCCAGGGAGCUCCGGGAUACCUCCAGCAAGGUACGGGCUCGUUGGAAUUCCGGGAUAAUCCCGGCACAACUCAGCGCUGGGGGAAAAGCGGCCGCCAGGGGAUUGAAGGAAGGGAGGGAUGGAAUUCCCGGGGCUGGAAGGAGGGAGGAGGGAAAGCGGGAAUGCUCUGGCCACUCCCCGAGGUGGGAUCAGAGGGAUUUAGGGAUUUGGGAGGAGCCGGAGAUUCCCGGAGUGGCUCCAGGAGGGAUUUGGGGUUUGUUGGAAUUGCCGGGUUUGGGAGAGAUCGGAGCGAGCUGGGAUCGGGAUGAAGCUUCGGGAUAUUCCUGAAGGUCGGUGCUGAUCCAGUCCGGGGGAUUUGGGAUUUCGGGAUUCUGGAAUUCCGUGUGCCGGGAGGGAAGGGUCCGUGGAGUGGGGUCGGAGCCGGGUGGGAUCGGGACGCGGCUCUGGGAUCAUUCCAGGGGUCGGUGCUGAUCCAAUUUGGGGGAUUUGGGAUUCGGGAUGUGUCCCUGGAUCAGCUCCAGAGGGGGAUUUCGGGAUCCUGGAAUUCCGUGUGCCGGGAGGGAAGGGUCCGUGGAGUGGGGUCGGAGCCGGGUGGGAUCGGGACGCGGCUCUGGGAUCAUCCCAGUUUGAUCCAGUCCGGGGGAUUCGGGAUUUUGGGAUUCUGGAAUUCCGUGUGCCGGGAGGGAAGGGUCCGUGGAGUGGGGGUCGGAGCCGGGUGGGAUCGGGAUGCGGCUCUGGGAUCAUCCCAGUUUGAUCCAGUCCGGGGGAUUUGGGAUUCGGGAUUUAGGGAUUUCAGGGUUCUGGAAUUCCGUGUGCCGGGAGGGAAGGGUCUGUGGAGUGGGGUCGGAGCCGGGUGGGAUCGGACGCGGCUCUGGGAUCAUCCAGUUUGAUCCAGUUUGAGGGAUCUGGGAUUCGGGAUGUGCCCCUGGAGUAGCCAGAGAUG